AUGGCGCGCGAGAAGGUUGACGAGCGCGCAAUAGUGCGCGUGCGCUCGAAUGCGUCAAGUAUCAGCUCUGGAGAGCUGCAUGCCGCCGACGACGCGCGACUCGCCGAGCUCGGGUACAAGAGCGAGUUCAAGCGCGAAUUCUCGCUGCUUGAGACCGUCGCAUUCGCGUUCUCUAUUAUGGGCAUUGUGGCGUCAGUCUCUUCAACACUAUCGUUCGGGCUAGCGUCUGGCGGUCAUGUUGGCAUGGUCUGGGGCUGGUUCAUCCCCUGCAUAUUCGUACUGACUGUGGCGGCUUCACUCGCUGAACUAACGUCCUCAAUGCCAACGAGCGCGGGGCUGUAUUACUUCUCCGCAAAGCUUGCGCCGCCGCGCUACUCGGCGCUCGCGGCAUGGAUUACCGGAUGGGCGAACAUCACUGGUCAGGUAACGCUCGUAUGCUCGAUCGACUACACCUGCGCGCUGAUGAUUACGACGGCUAUCACUAUCGGCUCGGACGGCGCCGUCGUGCUCUCCACGGGCGCGACCUAUGGGAUACUGCUUGCGAUCUUGCUCGCGCAUGGCAUCGUGUGCUCUGCGGCCACGCGUAUACUUGCGCGCCUAAAUUUGUUUUACACGCUUGUCAACGUGGGAACCAGUAUUGCAACAAUCGUGGCGCUUGUCGUUGGUUCGGGGAAUAAUGGCGAACGCGUCUCUUCAUCGGUUGCCUGGACGCAGUUUGAGAAUAACACGGGAUGGAAAAAUAGCGGCUUUGCGUUCCUGCUGGCGUUCACCGCACCUAUGUGGACGUUGACUGGCUACGACUCUGCAGCGCACAUAUCGGAAGAAGUCGCAGGCGCGUCAUGGUCAGCGCCCAUAGCCAUCAUGAUUGGGGUCGCGGGCACCCAGAUUCUCGGGUGGGGCCUGUACAUAGCAUGCUCGUACGCCACAGCAGAUGUCGCGACACUACUGGGAUCAGAGCUACCUCUUCCCAUGGGACAACUCCUAUUUGAUGUGUUGGGAAAGCGGGGGAUGUUGGCUAUCUGGAGUUUCAUCAUCGUUGUGCAGUUCGUGACCGGUGCUGCUCAAGGCGUGGACGCGUCGAGAGCCGUCUUUGCCUUCGCUCGUGACAAUGCAUUGCCGGGAAGCCGCUGGUUGAAACAAGUUAACCCCGUUACGCGCACACCUAUAUAUGCGGUGUGGUUCGUCAUCAUUGGCUCCGGGAUCUGCGGUCUUCUGGGAUUCAGCACCGCUGCGCUGAACUCGCUGGCAGGUGCCGCCGUCAUCGGUCUAUACACAUCUUACGCCACCCCUAUCUUCUUGCGCACGACCUCCGGCCGCCACCGGCUCGUUCCGGGACCAUUCACGCUCGGACGCUACUUCUUGCCCAUAGGCACUAUCGCUUGGUUAUGGGUGUCUUUCAUCGUCAUUAUCCUGCUUUUCCCGUCUUCCGAUAACCCUGGUGUGCAAGACAUGAACUACGCGGUCGUCAUUAUAGGCGGUGUCUUCGUGCUUUCAGCGCUCACUUGGAUGCUCAGCGCACGCAAAUGGUUCACUGGGCCUAUAUCCAAUCUGGAUCGCGAGACAAAUUGGACUGGAGAACAGCCGGAGACCGAAAACGAAAAGCAACUGUCGCGGGAUACGGUGACGCCAUCAUGA